GGCUCAAGCAGGUCGUGCCAGCGCCCCCAGCCGAGCACGAGCCCUCGAUCCAGAGGCUAUGGCGGAUGCGGUCGUCGAGAACAAGCAGUACGACGAGGCCAUCUCCAUCGACGACGACGAGGAGGACGAUCUGAGCACGCCUCCCAGCUCCGACCAGGGUUCCCCGCGCACCGACCAGCACCCCUCGCCGAGCAAGGGAGACUCGCGCCCGAACGCCGCGAAGCCUUCAGGCGGCCGUGGCGCCCGGCAGGACGAGGAGUCCAGCAGCGGCUCGGGCAGCGAGUCCGACAGCGGCUCGGAGUCCGAGGCCGAGGACGGCGGGGACGGCACGAAGACAGACGCACCCACAGGCGCUUACAACCCAGACGACUACAAAGGGAUGAAGGUCUCGGCCGACGUCGAGGAGCUCUUCACAUACAUCCAGCGCUACAAGCCCCACACCAUCGAGCUCGACGCGACGCUCAAGCCGUUCAUCCCCGAGCUGAUCCCCAGCAUCGGCGAGGUCGACGCAUUCCUCAAGAUGCCCCGGCCAGACGGCGAGCCGAUGGGGCUCGGCGUCACUUGCCUCGACGAGCCCACCAUGAACCCGUCGGACCCGUCGAUCCUGGAGUUCCAGCUCCGGUCGCUCAGCAAGAACCAGGAGCUGGAGCCCAUGGAAGUGAGGUUCAUCGAGAACGCCGAGAAGAACCCCAAGGAAAUAGAGAAUUGGUUCAAGCGCAUCGACGACCUGAAUCGGAACAAGCCCGCGCCGACUGUCCGGUACACCAAGCGCAUGCCCGAGAUCGAGCAGCUGAUGGAGAUCUGGCCCAGGGACUUCGAGGAGUUCCUGGAGCAGGGCUCGCUCCCAGAGAUGGGUGACCUCGACCUGGACCUCGAGAGCUAUAUCAAGGUGAUAGCCGCCAUCUUGGACGUGCCAGUGCACAACCAGUUGACGGAGACGUUGCACGUCAUUUUUACGCUCUAUUCGGAGUUCAGGAUGAACCACCACUUCGCCAAGGCCGAGACUACGGGCCAGUUCGGAAACCAGGACCAGUACAACUUCGGCCACGUCGUGCCCGGCUUCGGCGCCACGGCGCAGCAGGGCGGCGCCCACGGUUUCGGCGCGGGCGGCCCCAUGGAGUCAAUGGCUCCAAGCCGCGCCCCGUCGCCCGUGGGCAGGGAGCCGUGAGAUGCACUGCCUUGCCCUGACAUUGCUGCCUUAGCGUCUGUAGGACACCUCUUAUGAUGGCAGCUAGGCCUGCCACUCUGAGAGACACUCCCUCGGCCUAGUAGCGGAAUCCUGCAGUCAAGCAUACUCGAUAUGACCAUCAUCUCUUCCUCCUCCUCCUCCUCCUCCUCCUCCUCCUCCUCCUCCUCCUCCUCCUCCUCCUCCUCCUCCUCCUCCUCCUCCUCCUCCUCCUCCUCCUCCUCCUCCUCCUCCUCCUCCUGUCCCCCCACCUUUGGGCGCCUGCUCCUUCAGGGCCGCCCGGCAGUCUCCGCCGGCCUUGCGCCCCGUUCAGCGACUACAAAGAAUAUGGCUACGCCGGAGUGUGGUUUGCGAUCGGCACCGUUGGGGCCUGGGGAGCGCGGCGUUGCCAACGUCGGGCCUCCACGGGGCGCGGCGGAGAGCUCUGCCGAGGUCCUCGCCCGCCUCCCGGGGUGCCCGCUGCAAACCACACCCUCUGCAAGCCAGACCCUUCGGAGUCGCUGCCCCGUGCACGCGGACUGGAGCGCCAGAGACGCUACCGCGCUCUCGCGACGCCCGCCGCCCCGCCGGCGCCUUGCCAGCGGAGGGAGGGGGUCUCGGCCGAGCUUCGGGCGCACGGCGCGCGGGGCGGACGACGACGGGGGCGUCGGCGGAUUACUUGGCGAUAGGAUCCUUGCUCCUCCUCACCCUUCUUCUCCUCGAGCACAGCUGCUCUCGGGGUGUUGCAUGAAAAAAA